CUCGGCCGCAGCCAUGAUGCCAUCGUCGUCGCCGCUGGAGGGCUGCUUGCUGCUGCCUCCUGGCUGCGGUGUGGCCGAGUUGCUGUUCUUGACACUGGUUUCCUCGGCCACUAGCCGCCGCCAGGAGCUGGCGUCAAGCUAAACAUGGACACAAGCGUCGACCCGUGCGAUAACUUCUAUAAGUUUGCCUGCGGUGGGUGGACAUCGAGGGAAGAGGUGCCCAAGUACGCCUCAGUGUACGGCACAUUCCAAGCGCUCAACAAAGCGGUGAUGUACAACAUGUCACAUCUUCUGUCGCGGUCCUACGACAGCCCUGAAUGGAUCGAGACUUCCUUGUACAAAGGCCACUCUGGCUGCAUGCUCGGGGGUAACGACGUAGGCAGGGACAACGAAGACGCUUGGAACAAGAUAAUGCUGACAAUUGGAGUCGAGGAGUGGCCCAACGGUCCGGGUGACGUAACGAUCCCGCUGUGGAGUAAGCUGCUCGGCGACCUGAUGACCAAAUUCAACCACAAGCCAGUCGUCUACAUCGACGUGAAGCGGAACCGCGUCGUGAAGAAAAAUAUCAUACACGUUAAACCUGGCUCGCUACCUGUAAAAAGAGAAUACUUGGCCUCAUCUUACUAUAAGAGACAUAUGCUUGCUGUUAUACAACGCAUCAACACGACCACCCUAGACGACCAACGGCUCCUUCACGCUGUGGAUGAGAUGGUGGGGUUUGAAAAGAACUUGGCUGAGAUAUUGUCCAAGCAAAGCAACGAAACUGAAUCAACCUUUGUUAGCGUCACGGAGCUCGAGAAUGACGUCGAUUUGAGACGGUCAGUGGUUGACACCUUUCUGAUACUGGACAACAUAUUCAAAGCGGCCAAAUCUGAAGUGUACCGAAACGAUUCGGUGCUCGUGACAGAACCGGCCAAGGUCCGCGCUCUGCUUAAGGCCUGCGGCGAAUGGGAAAAGCACAUCGUUUCAAAUGUGCUGGUCUGGCAUGCGUUGCAAACGGUGGGCAAGGAUGUGAUACCCAGCAUCCAUGAAAUGAACGCUGCCUUCAAGAGCAAGGUUCGGAACGCGCCGCAGGACAGCCCGCCGCAGACUAUGGUUUGCAACACCGCCCUGGCAAAUGCGGCGUCGUCGGCAUACAGCUUGUUCUACAUCCGUAACUUCUUCAACAAUGCAAGCCUGCCCCUCGUCCAGGAAAUGAUCAACUUUGAGCAGCACAUAUUUUACGAAGAGAUGAAAAGCAGCAAGUGGAUGAGCCGCGAAACGAAAGCUCAAGGUCUGUCAAAGCUUGCCAAGAUGAAGGCUGUGGUUGGUUAUCCUAAGUGGAUCGCGGAUGAAAGAAAAGUCGCCUUGUUCACACCAAGUUCAUUCCAGCAGGAAUUCUGCAAGAACCUUUCUUUGACCCCGGACUGCCAAAGGCGGAAGUACGACGCGUACGGUGCACUGCACAACUGGUGGUCACCAAAGACGGAAGCAAUAUUUCGCAAGAAAUCCCAGUGCUUCGUGGAUCAGUACGGAAACAUCACAGAUGCCGUCACUCAUAUGAAGCUUCCGUCUACUCACACGCUUGCCGAGGACAUCUCCGACAAUGCGGCCGCUCGUCUUAGUUUCUUGGCGCACCUGAAGCUGAAGGAGACAGAAAAGCAGGAGAUGCAACUGCUUCCCGGUCUUGAGUCCUACACUCCUGAGCAACUUCACUUCAUCAGUGCAGCGCAGCCGUGGUGCAAGAAGUAUGAUCCGGAUUUGAAGAAGUUCGUGAUCGAAGAGGACGUUCACUCCAUCUCUGAGGAGAGGGUUAACAUCCCCUUCGGAAACACGCCACAGUUUGCAGAGGUCUUCAAGUGCCCGCCAGGCAGCAAGAUGAACUUCGCGAAGAAGUGCCGGGUUUGGUGAAAGGAGUGCCCCAUCAUUAUACGUAUCCCUCUGUCGUCACGUACGAAGAAUAUAUAUGCUGCCAUGUCUUGUGCAAAAUGGCGGUCGUGAAAGACACGCUGCAUAUGUAAUAA